GGUUGUUAAUAUCGGUAGCGGAAUCGGUACCGAUAGUAUCGCCGAUAGCGAUACUCAGUAUCGGAUCAGUAUCGGCGGUACUUUUAAAAAAAGGGUACCGGAAGGGUAUCGAGGUGGUAUCGAUCGAUACUCCGAUACCGAUACUUCGUCUGUCAUUAUAGUCUGUCAUUAUAGUCUAUCGUACAACAAAAAAUGACGUCGCGAAUGUUUGUCUGUGAAACUUUUUUUAAAUAUCGUGGCCCAGCCUCAAAAAGUGGAAACUCUUUAUUCCAGUGCAUGAAGUGUCCACCAAAUGUUUUAAAUAAGGAAGGGAAAGAAGCCCUGUUAUCAUGCAGUGAUGUGUCGAGAAAUAAUCUUAAAAAACAUUUGAAGUCCAAGCAUGCAGGUUUAGUUGAUGCAUUUGAAGAGGCUUGUAAGACUAGUGGUAAAAAAAGAAAUGCAAACUGCUUGGAUGAAUCAGGUUCAUCUCAGCCAACUAUCCGAGAGUCACUUUCAAGUAAACGUCAAAAGACCAUCAUUUCUCAGACGCAGUUUGAUGAACUAGUUUUAGAUUAUAUCAUUGGAAGUUUACUUCCAAUUAGGCAUGUUGAUACUCCUCAAUUUAUUGAAUAUUCCAAUGGAAUUUCCAGUGGAAAUUUUAAAAUAAUGUGUCGACAGACACUAGCCAAAAAAAUUGAUGACAGAUUCCAAACAUCAAAACAAGCCCUUAUAGAUAUACUGAAAAAAACAUCAGCUGUUUGCACAACAGCUUUUUAA